AGCGGGCUACACCUCCGGCCUUCCCCUUCUUUUUAAUCGCCCUGAUUUUGUCUCGUCCUCUUUGUCUCUCCGCGUCGUCGCCCGCUAAUCCAAUUCUGUCAUCGUACUCGCUUGAUAGACACCACGACCCUACGAUUCAUGUCUGUUUCCUCCAUUUAUUUUAGGCGAAACCGAUGGGACCGGGUGUAUAUGAUAUAGCUGCUCCUGCUUUGUGUGUUCCUCCCGAGUUCCGUUCAUCAUUAAAGGGAAUCCACGCCUGAAUCGGUGAAUCCAAGGGAACUUCCAGGUUUUCCGACCAAGCCAUCUCGUUUCUGGUUGCGAUAAGGUUCUCAACUUUGUGCAAUUCGAGCAGAGCUGACUUGCUGGUGUUCAUUCUUUACAGCGAGAUGGAGGGGAACUAACUAGCAGUCACCGAAUGUCAUUUCAUUGCGAGUCCGUGUAUCCUCAUGAUAUGACUUUACAGUCUUCGCGUGCUAGUACUGGAGCGCCUUGUUCAGCAUCUAUAGCAUCAUCUUCCAGUACUUUCUCGGUUUCUCCACAGUUAUGAUGCAUGGACGUUUCCCUAAUUUGCUACCAUCGAUUGUUCAGUCUUUGAACGCUGAAAUCCUAUACUCCAACCCGAUUUCCCAUUCUGGAGUAUCAGAACAACCUUUAAGGGGUAUUUUUCCUGGACUACCUGCUGAAACAACACAUUCUGCAGACCAUCUUGGUGGUUUACUGAAUAACAAUGGCAUCGAUAGUGUUGAGAAACAGCCGGAUUCUGGUUCUGUUAGAGACCCUAAUGAAUCUGACGAAAGAGAUGAACUGUUGACAUGUUUGGGGCAUGGAGGUUUGGAUGAUACUAUUCCUGCUGACAUGACCUUGAACUAUCCACAAAUGGUAAUUUCACUCAAAAGCAGUAGUGACGAUGUAAUGUUUACUUGAUCAUGGAAACUGAGACUGGCAUUGGAUAUGAUAUUUAAAUUGUUAGGCUGAAUCUACACAUGUUUCUUCACCUCUGAAUUCUGAGACAUGGCAGCUUGAGCACAUAGUCCACCAAUUAGUUUCAGUUCCUACAAUUCCUGGGCAGUUGUAUCCUACUGUUUCUCCUCCAGCAACUAUAAAUGUCCAUUCACCUCAGAGGACUAAAGUGCGCAGACGAUGGACUACAGAAAUGCACGAUCGCUUCAUAGACGCCGUCAAUCAACUCGGUGGCUGUGAAAAUGCUAAACCUAAAGCCAUUCUUGACAUCAUGAAUGUUGAAGGUCUGACUCGUGAUCAAGUGAAAAGUCACUUACAAAAAUACAAAUUGGCCCAAGUUCGGCAUCGCUCAUCUGAAGUUGGAGGCACAUUAGUAGGGACGACGACAUCUAAUGAAGCAAUACCUUCAGAUGUACAGAUACGCAUUAAAAAAUUUGCAUUACAGGUGAAGAUAGAGCUUCAGAAGAAACUUCACGAGAUGGUAGAGAGGACACGUCAUGAUUUACUGGAGAUUCACAGAAGCAUACUCGAGAACCAUGUGAUGAGUCUCCACGAGCUCGAGGAGCAGCAGAUUCUCAACACAGACGGCCGCACAGUGCAUCUUCUUCCCAGUCCACCAGCGGCGGCAGCAGCGGCCCCUCCUCCAGUAGCUCUCUCCAGGAUGACUGGCCAGGGAAGCAGAGCCGCGGCGUCGGCUGAAGACGCCCAGGCUUCAGAGGCUGGCUCACUUGGCAAUAAUGCAGUGGCAUGACUGCGUAGCCAUCUCUUGAUCGAGUCUUCAACGCCUGUUUCUACAUGGCGUUUAUUUUUUUGCGUGUGUAAAUAAUAGUAGAAUGGUCGGAAAAAGAGAGGCGGAGCUACGUCUACUACGUGUAGUAGCAUCUGUUGGUAGCAUGAGCUUUUGAAACCUGCAAUGGAUCUCUAUAUAUUGCUCUGCAUAAUCACUUGUAGUACCGGCAUUUCACUUCAGAUGCACAACCUGUACCUUCGAUGGUAAUAACAUUGAUGUUUCUGCACUUUGAUGCUAAA